AUGAACGGGUUAAGUUUCAGUGAACUCUGUUGCCUGUUUUGUUGUCCGCCAUGCCCGGGGAAAAUCGCGGCUAAGCUUGCAUUCCUGCCUCCUGAACCCACGUAUGCAUUUACACCUGAUGAAACCGGAUCAAAAUUUUCGUUGACGCUCACUGAACGUGCAGAAUGGCAAUAUUCAGAACGGGAAAAAGAAAACAUUGAAGGUUUCUACUCUAGAACUACGAGAGGCAAUCGUAUUGCUUGUCUCUUUGUUCGGUGCAGCCCCAAUGCUCGGUUUACGAUAUUGUUUUCUCAUGGAAAUGCAGUAGAUCUUGGACAAAUGAGUAGCUUUUAUUUAGGCCUAGGUACUAGAAUAAACUGUAACAUAUUCAGUUAUGACUAUUCUGGGUAUGGUGUGAGUGGGGGAAAGCCUUCAGAGAAGAAUCUGUAUGCGGAUAUUGAUGCUGCGUGGCAAGCACUUCGGACUCGUUAUGGCAUCAGCCCAGAGAACAUUAUUCUGUAUGGUCAAAGUAUUGGUACAGUGCCAACAGUGGACUUAGCAGCCCGUUAUGAAGUGGGUGCGGUUGUGCUGCACUCUCCACUUAUGUCUGGUAUGCGAGUGGCUUUCCCAAAUACCAAGAGAACAUGGUUUUUUGAUGCUUUUCCUAGUAUUGACAAAAUUCCCAAAGUAACCUCACCAGUUCUUGUCAUACAUGGAACCGAGGAUGAGGUGAUAGACUUUUCACAUGGACUGGCCAUUUAUGAGCGCUGUCCUCGUGCUGUUGAACCUUUAUGGGUUGAGGGUGCUGGCCAUAACGAUGUGGAACUCUUCAACCAGUAUCUUGAGAGACUGAAACGAUUUGUUUCAGUAGAAUUGCUCAACUGA